AUGGAAAGCAGUGGGACUAAAAUGCCCUCACAUUCCGGCGGUUUACCCAAGGAGCAGGAGCACGCUAUCAUUGUCUCCGCCCUGAAACAGGUAGUCCGCGGUGGCACCACCCAGCCACCGCCGCCGCAGCUCCAUUAUGCCUCAUCAUCACUUCCUCCAACAGGUGGCACCGAUCAAGUCGUGAUACCUUUUUCGGAUUGUGACGCGUGUCAGGUAUGUAAUAUGAAGAUGGACGAUUGCCUGGGCUAUGGUUUGUUCCGGCCAAGCGAGCAAGACGAAGGGAAAGGGAAAAAGAUGAAGACAAGCAAGUACAGGGGAGUGCGGCAGAGACCAGGGGGGAAAUGGGUUGCGGAGAUUCGUGACUCGCGUCGCGCGGUUCGGGUUUGGCUCGGGACAUUUCAGACGGCGGAGGAGGCAGCCAGGGCUUAUGACACAGCGGCAAUCGAGUUCCGAGGAGAGAGAGCCAAGCUCAACUUCCCGCUAAGCAGUGAAGCUAGUACUACUACUACUGGUGCAGCAUUGACUAGGCAAAGCAUGGAGACUGGUGAGGUCAAUCAAGUCACCGCGAGUUCUGUGAAGUCAGCGAAUCAGGAAGAGGGACAGAGUAGUGAUGUUAAGGACGAAGACAUCGAUCGCUUCAUCUGGGAAAUGCUUAAAAAUGAUGACAAAAAUGAAGAUUUAAGCACACGGGUCAACUCAAAUUUGUUAAAUUAA